UCGGGUCAAAGGGGAUCCAGGGUCAAGCGGGGUAGGCAGUACAGUAAGUAGGCUCGGCUCCUUCGUGCAAGCAAAACCAAUACAGUACGUCUGUGCAGAUAAACAAACAAAUUCCUAUCUUCGUGUAUACAGAGAGUGAUAUAUAGUCAUCAGUUGAAAGAGGCGAUCAAGGGAACACAAGAUGGCUUCAUCAUCAGCAACAGCAUCAAAGAUUGUGGAGAAAUUGAAUCUGAAGCCCCACCCAGAGGGUGGGUUUUACUCGGAAACCCUCAGAGAUACUUCUGUCCUCCUCUCCAAAUCUCAGCUUCCCCCCCAAUACAAGGUUGAUCGUCCUAUCAGUACGUGCAUUUACUUCUUGCUUCCUUCUGGGAGUGUAUCGCACCUCCAUCGUAUACCCUGUGCAGAAACCUGGCAUUUUUAUAUGGGAGAACCUCUUACGGUAUUGGAAUUAAAUGAAAAAGAUAGUAGUGCCAAGUUAACUUGCCUUGGUCCAAAUCCAAUCGGAACUAGUGAGCUCCUUCAGUACACAGUGCCUCCCAAUGUGUGGUUUGGUGCGUUUCCAACCCAAGACAUCAUUAUUUCGUCAGAAAACGGAGCAGUCAAAACUGCACCACGCAGGGAACCUGAAGAACACUUCUCCUUGGUAGGAUGCACAUGUGCUCCAGCCUUCCAGUUUGAGGAUUUUGAGCUGGCAAGACAAUCUGAGCUCAUUUCACGCUUUCCGAAACAUGAAUCCCUGAUCAAUAUGCUAACCUUUGCCGAGUGACUUAAUGAGAUGUUUUAAAUUUUGUACUUUAAGAGUGGAAGUGUUUUUUUUUAUUUCAAUGAAUUAGACAUUUUCGCAACUACUCCAUAUCGCAAUAUUCCCUUUAUCUCACCUUAUAGUAUUUACCCUUGUGCUGCUGGAAUUACUCGAGGUUUGACCUCUUUUAUCUUAUGAAUUAAUGUAUCUUGAUGUCGAAUUGUGCUAUUGUUGAUUGUAACUUGAUGAACAUAUUGAGCUUCUUGAUUUUGAAUACUAUGCUUAUUAUGUUGUC